AUGAACAUAUCUGAUGAAAGACAUCUCCACAGAAUGAACACCUCUGAAGAAAGACAUCUCCACAGAAUGAACGCACCUGAAGAAUGGCAUCUCCACAAAAUGAACGACGACGAAAUGAGUUGCGCACAGGAGGACGCGAAAAACAAAAACGACAACAAGAUUCUUUACAUGCACCAGAUUUUAGAAAGCCAAUUCUAUAAACAAAUAAAAGAGGAACAAACUAUGUAUGAAAGAAAUGCCGAUUUAAUAAAGUACAAAGAUUAUAUUUCCCCCCCAAAAAAAAGGGCUUUCACCCUGGGGGCCAUUGAUGGAAUAGGUGGUAUUAGUAUCCUAAAUGCCCCUUUGAUGAAUCCUGAAAAUGCAAAGAUUGACCCCCCCAUUUUGCAGCUGCCAUCGGCAACCAAUUUGAUAAAAAAUGUGCACGUAAAAGUCCAUUUUGACAAGAACAUUGAUAAGUCUUACAAAUACAGGACCCAGAAUAGCAACAGGGACAUUAUCAGGAAUAUGAAGCCGAUGUAUUCCCUUCCCGAGAAGGUGAUGACCUAUUAUAUGCACAAGGGGGGCCAUGGGCGGGCCGAACAGAAGGGGGGGCUCCUUAGGGAAGGUGCUGUGGCGGACGUUAAGGAAGACGUUAAGGGAGACCUUGUGGAGGAUGUUAUGGAGGAUGUUGUGGAAGACGUUAAGGAAGACCUUGUGAAGGACGUCAAGCAAGAGACUAGACCAGAUGACCCUCAGAUGAACAAAUUUGGGGACGACCUACCGAAUAGCAAUGCAGACACGGAAAGAGGCACCCCCUGUGAAGACACACAAAUGGCGUGCGACUCAAAUGACACGUCCGACAGAUCAUUUCGCGAAGAGGAAUACCAAGUUAGAAGCUGUCAUGUGUCGUCACCACCCGCUGCAGACAAAGACGCAAUGUGGCCAAGGGGAACGCAAACGAUGCCCGCAAAAGAAGUCUUAAAAGCAGCUUUAAAAGUACACUCAAAAACGAAACUGGUGAAAAAAAACGAAGAGUUGAAAAAGCUCGCCAGUGUGGCAAACAUAUCUGCGGAAAAUAAGACCCCCUCAGAUGAGACAAACGGCACUCAAGGCGACAAAAAUUUUGAGAAUGAAGACCAACUGAAUUUUUUUAAACUAAAUCAGAUAAUGUCAUCGACCUUGACGAAUGCCCUUAAAAUGUUGGCGGACGAUGUUUUCGUUUAG